CACUGCUGAGCUGCCCUAGAUAAACCGCAGCCAUGUCGUCGGAUGCUGAGAUGGCCGUCUUUGGGGUGGCAGCUCCUUUCCUCCGAAAGACAGAGAAGGAGAGAAUUGAGGACCAGAACAAGCCUUUCGAUGCUAAGAAUUCGGUCUUUGUGGUGCAUCCCAAGGAAUCCUAUGUGAAAGGCGUAAUCCAGAGCCGGGAAGGAGGGAAGGUCACAGUCAAGCCUGAAAAAGGAGAAACUUUGACUGUUAAGGAAGAUCAAGUCUUCUCCAUGAACCCUCCCAAAUAUGAUAAAAUCGAGGACAUGGCAAUGAUGACCCAUCUCCAUGAACCUGCUGUCCUGUAUAACCUCAAAGAGCGUUACGCAGCCUGGAUGAUCUAUACCUACUCGGGUCUCUUCUGUGUCACUGUCAACCCCUACAAGUGGCUGCCGGUGUACAACCCAGAAGUUGUGUCUGCCUACAGGGGCAAAAAACGUCAAGAGGCCCCUCCCCACAUCUUCUCCAUUUCUGACAACGCCUAUCAGUUCAUGUUAACUGAUCGGGAGAAUCAGUCGAUCCUCAUCACCGGAGAAUCCGGUGCUGGAAAGACUGUGAACACAAAGCGUGUCAUCCAGUACUUUGCAACAAUUGCAGUUUCUGGGGAGAAAAAGAAGGAAGAGCCAGGCAAAAUGCAAGGGACCCUUGAAGAUCAAAUCAUCAGCGCCAACCCCCUGCUGGAGGCCUUCGGUAAUGCCAAGACCGUGAGGAAUGACAACUCCUCUCGUUUUGGUAAAUUCAUCAGAAUCCACUUUGGCACCACAGGGAAACUGGCUUCUGCUGACAUUGAAACAUAUCUGCUGGAGAAAUCUAGAGUCACUUUCCAGCUCAAGGCGGAAAGAAGCUACCACAUAUUUUAUCAGAUCAUGUCCAACAAGAAGCCAGAACUAAUUGAGAUGCUUCUGAUUUCCACCAACCCAUAUGACUUCCCCUUUGUGAGUCAAGGUGAGAUCACUGUAGCCAGCAUCGAUGAUCAGGAGGAACUCAUAGCCACAGAUAGCGCCAUUGACAUUCUGGGCUUCAGUUCUGAUGAAAAAAUGGCCAUAUACAAGCUGACAGGGGCAGUCAUGCACUAUGGGAACAUGAAGUUCAAGCAGAAGCAGCGUGAGGAGCAGGCGGAGCCGGAUGGCACAGAAGUGGCUGACAAAGCUGCCUACCUGAUGGGUCUGAACUCAGCUGACCUGCUCAAAGCCCUGUGUUACCCCCGAGUCAAGGUUGGGAAUGAAUAUGUGACCAAAGGUCAAACCGUGCAGCAGGUGCACAAUUCAGUGGGUGCUCUGGCAAAGGCGGUCUUUGAGAAAAUGUUCCUGUGGAUGGUCAUUCGUAUCAAUCAGCAGCUGGAUACCAAGCAGCCCAGACAGUACUUCAUUGGUGUCCUGGACAUUGCUGGCUUUGAGAUCUUUGAUUACAACAGCCUGGAGCAGCUGUGCAUCAACUUCACCAAUGAGAAACUGCAACAGUUUUUCAACCACCACAUGUUUGUGCUGGAGCAGGAGGAGUACAAGAAGGAAGGGAUCGAAUGGGAGUUCAUUGACUUUGGGAUGGACUUGGCUGCCUGUAUUGAGCUCAUUGAGAAGCCAAUGGGUAUUUUCUCCAUCCUGGAAGAGGAGUGCAUGUUCCCCAAGGCAACUGAUGUGUCUUUUAAGAACAAGCUCUAUGACCAGCACCUUGGCAAGUCCAACAACUUCCAGAAGCCCAAGCCUGCCAAAGGAAAGGCUGAGGCCCACUUUGCCCUGGUGCACUAUGCUGGCACUGUGGACUACAACAUCACUGGCUGGCUCGAGAAGAACAAGGAUCCCCUGAAUGAAACUGUCAUUGGGCUGUACCAGAAAUCGUCACUGAAAACACUGGCUUUGCUCUUUGCCGUAUAUGGUGGAGAUGCAGAGAGUGGUGGUGGUGGCAAGAAGGGAGGCAAGAAGAAGGGUUCUUCUUUCCAGACCGUCUCUGCUCUUUUCAGGGAGAAUUUAAACAAGCUGAUGAGCAAUCUGAGAAGCACUCAUCCUCACUUUGUGCGAUGCAUCAUUCCCAAUGAAACGAAGACACCCGGUGCCAUGGAACAUGAACUCGUACUACACCAGCUAAGGUGUAACGGCGUGCUGGAAGGGAUCAGAAUUUGCAGGAAAGGAUUCCCCAGCAGAGUCAUUUACGCAGACUUUAAACAAAGAUAUAGGAUUUUAAAUGCAAGUGCCGUUCCAGAAGGACAGUUCAUGGACAGCAAGAAGGCUUCUGAGAAACUACUUGGGUCCAUUGAUAUUGAUCAGACCCAAUAUAAAUUUGGUCACACCAAGGUGUUCUUCAAAGCAGGACUUCUGGGUCUUCUAGAGGAGAUGAGAGAUGAUAAACUGGCACAGCUUAUCACCCGUACACAAGCCAUGUGUCGUGGCUUCCUGAUGAGAGUGGAAUUCAAGAAAAUGAUGGAAAGAAGAGAGUCCAUCUUCUGUAUCCAAUACAAUGUUCGGUCGUUCAUGAAUGUCAAGCACUGGCCCUGGAUGAAGCUGUACUUCAAGAUCAAGCCCUUGCUGAAGAGUGCUGAAUCUGAGAAGGAGAUGGCCAACAUGAAGGAAGAGUUUGAGAAAACGAAGGAGGAGCUUGCUAAGUCUGAGGCAAAAAGGAAAGAACUGGAGGAGAAAAUGGUGACCCUGCUGCAAGAGAAAAACGACCUGCAGCUCCAAGUGCAGUCUGAAUCUGAUGGCUUGGCUGAUGCUGAGGAAAGAUGUGAUCAGCUGAUCAAAACCAAAAUCCAACUUGAAGCUAAAAUUAAGGAGGUGACUGAAAGAGCAGAGGAUGAGGAGGAGAUGAACGCUGAGCUAACAGCCAAAAAGAGGAAACUGGAGGACGAGUGUUCAGAGCUGAAGAAAGACAUUGAUGACCUUGAGUUAACAUUGGCCAAAGUUGAAAAGGAAAAACAUGCCACAGAAAACAAGGUGAAAAACCUCACCGAGGAGAUGGCAGUUCUGGAUGAGACCAUCGCUAAACUGACAAAGGAAAAGAAAGCCCUCCAGGAGGCCCAUCAGCAGACCCUGGAUGACCUGCAGGCAGAAGAGGACAAAGUGAACACACUGAGCAAAGCUAAAACCAAGCUGGAGCAGCAAGUGGACGAUCUUGAAGGGUCGCUGGAGCAAGAGAAGAAGAUUCGCAUGGACCUUGAAAGAGCGAAGAGGAAACUUGAAGGAGAUUUGAAGCUGGCCCAGGAAUCCACAAUGGAUUUAGAAAACGAUAAACAGCAGCUGGAGGAAAAGCUGAAGAAGAAAGAUUUUGAAAUCAGUCAGCUCCAAAGCAAAAUUGAGGAUGAGCAAGUCCUGGGGAUCCAGCUGCAGAAGAAGAUCAAAGAGUUACAGGCUCGUAUUGAGGAACUGGAAGAGGAGAUAGAGGCUGAACGUGCCUCUCGGGCGAAAGCAGAGAAGCAGCGGGCUGAUCUCUCCAGGGAACUCGAGGAGAUCAGUGAGCGUCUGGAAGAAGCUGGUGGAGCCACAGCGGUUCAGAUUGAGAUGAACAAGAAGCGUGAGGCAGAAUUCCAGAAAAUGCGCCGAGACCUUGAGGAGGCCACUCUGCAGCACGAAGCCACAGCCGCCGCCCUCCGGAAGAAGCACGCGGACAGCACGGCAGAGCUUGGGGAGCAAAUCGACAACCUGCAACGAGUCAAGCAGAAGCUGGAGAAGGAGAAGAGUGAACUGAAGAUGGAGAUUGACGACCUGGCUAGUAACCUGGAGACUGUCUCCAAAGCCAAGGCAAACCUUGAGAAGAUUUGCCGCUCUCUGGAAGAUCAGCUUAGUGAGGUUAAGACAAAGGAAGAGGAGCACCAGCGCUUGAUCAAUGACCUGAGCACUCAACGAGCUCGUCUACAGACAGAAGCAGGUGAAUUUUCACGCCAGGUAGAGGAAAAAGAUACAUUAGUUUCUCAGCUCUCAAGAGGCAAGCAGGCUUUUACCCAACAGAUUGAGGAACUGAAGAGGCACCUAGAGGAGGAGAUAAAGGCUAAGAACGCACUGGCCCAUGCCUUGCAGUCUGCUCGCCAUGACUGCGACUUGCUCCGGGAACAAUAUGAGGAGGAGCAGGAAGCGAAAGGUGAGCUGCAACGUGCCCUGUCCAAGGCCAACAGUGAAGUUGCCCAGUGGAGAACCAAAUACGAGACGGAUGCCAUUCAGCGCACAGAGGAACUGGAAGAGGCCAAGAAGAAGCUUGCCCAGCGUCUGCAGGACGCUGAAGAACAUGUCGAAGCUGUAAAUUCCAAAUGUGCUUCCCUUGAAAAGACGAAGCAGAGGCUGCAGAAUGAAGUGGAGGACCUGAUGAUUGAUGUGGAAAGAUCUAAUGCUGCCUGCGCAGCUUUGGAUAAGAAGCAGAGGAAUUUCGAUAAGGUUCUGGCAGAAUGGAAGCAGAAAUACGAGGAAACGCAGGCUGAACUGGAAGCUUCCCAGAAGGAGUCUCGCUCGCUCAGCACGGAGCUGUUUAAGAUGAAGAAUGCUUAUGAGGAAACCUUGGAUCAACUUGAAACUCUGAAGCGUGAGAACAAGAACUUGCAGCAGGAGAUUUCUGACCUCACAGAGCAGAUUGCAGAAGGGGGAAAGACCAUCCAUGAGCUGGAGAAAGUGAAGAAACAGAUUGAGCAAGAGAAAUCAGAAAUCCAGUCUGCUCUGGAGGAAGCUGAGGCUUCACUAGAACAUGAAGAGGGCAAAAUCCUCCGCAUCCAACUUGAGCUGAACCAGGUAAAGUCUGAAAUUGACAGGAAGAUUGCUGAGAAAGAUGAGGAAAUUGAACAGCUGAAGAGAAACCAUGUCAGAGUUGUGGAGUCCAUGCAGAGCACCCUGGAUGCUGAGAUCAGGAGCAGAAACGAAGCCCUGAGGCUAAAGAAGAAGAUGGAGGGGGAUCUGAAUGAAAUGGAGAUCCAGCUGAGCCAUGCCAGCCGCCUGGCUGCAGAGGCACAGAAGAAUCUGCGAAACACACAAGGAGUGCUCAAGGAUACCCAGAUUCACUUGGAUGAUGCUCUCCGAAGCCAAGAAGACCUGAAGGAGCAGGUGGCCAUGGUUGAGCGCAGAGCUAACCUGAUGCUGGCCGAGAUUGAGGAGCUGAGGGCAGCUCUGGAACAGACAGAGAGGGCCAGGAAAGUGGCUGAACAGGAGCUUCUGGAUGCAAGUGAACGAGUUCAGCUCCUGCACACCCAGAACACCAGCCUGAUCAACACGAAGAAGAAGCUGGAAACAGACAUUUCCCAAAUCCAGAGUGAAAUGGAGGAGACAAUUCAGGAAGCGCGUAAUGCAGAAGAGAAGGCCAAGAAGGCAAUCACUGAUGCGGCCAUGAUGGCGGAGGAGCUGAAGAAGGAGCAGGACACCAGCGCCCACCUGGAGAGGAUGAAGAAGAACCUGGACCAGACGGUGAAGGACCUGCAGCUCCGUCUGGAUGAGGCAGAGCAGCUGGCACUGAAGGGUGGCAAGAAGCAUAUCCAGAAACUGGAGGCCAGAGUGCGUGAGCUGGAAGGUGAGGUUGACAAUGAGCAGAAACGCAGCGCUGAUGCUAUCAAGGGUAUGCGCAAGUAUGAGAGAAGAGUAAAGGAACUGACCUAUCAGACCGAGGAAGACCGCAAGAAUGUUUUCAGGCUGCAGGAUCUGGUAGACAAACUACAACUGAAAGUGAAAGCUUACAAGAGACAAGCUGAGGAGGCUGAGGAACUAUCCAAUGUCAACCUCACCAAGUUCCGCAAGAUCCAGCACGAGCUGGAAGAGGCUGAGGAGCGGGCUGACAUUGCGGAGUCCCAGGUCAAUAAGCUCCGGGUGAAGAGCCGAGAGGUUCACAAGAAGAUUGAAGGAGAAGAGUGAGGAUGUCUCCAUGCUGCAAAGUGACUGAAGAAAUGCACAAAAUGUGAAUCUCUCUGUCACAUUGCUUUGUAAUUAUUGUUUAUUCUGUCCUCAGUGUCUAGUAAAUAAAGAUUAUAGAGAGCUUUGCAUACAAAGAACCAGAAGUGGCUUUUGUGUUGUAUUCAUUAGCUCUAGAAUCUU